AUGUUUUUCAAAUCACGCAUACGCAAAUCGAAAUCAUGGUCUGCACCUAUUCGGCAAACGCGUCAAAUUGAAGUGCUUCAUGACAAUCCUCAAAAUGCAUUCUUAUGUGGAAAAAAUGCUGAAUAUGGCGGCCCAGUUGGUAAUAGCAGUGAUAAUAGUAGUAGUGGUGCGACAGUUGGAUUUGAUCAACCUGCUUCACUCCUAAAUUUUGCCAUCUCUGAAUUAGUAAAUACGGAACAAAGUUAUGUUCGUGAAUUAAAAUCAAUCGUUGAUUUUUAUAUUAGACCAUUUGAGGCACCUGAAAAUGAGCAUUUAAUAACAUCUCAUUUAAGGGAUCGUUCUGAUAUAUUAUUUGGUAAUAUUCCUGACUUGUUGAAUUUUCACAGUAACUAUCUUUUGGCUGAUUUUCUGGCUGCGGGAAAUUCAAUAAACGAAAUAUGCCGAUGUUUUCUCAAUCAUCGUAAUAAAUUCCUCCAACUUUAUCAUCAUUACUGUCAAAAUAAACCCUUAGGUGAAGCAUUACGACGGGAACAACAACCGGACGGAGCGGUUGCUAAAUUUUUUAUGGAAUGUCAAAAACGAGCUGGACAUCCAUUACCAUUAAGUGCUUAUUUAUUGAAACCGGUGCAAAGGAUUACCAAAUAUCAACUUUUGUUAAAAGAAGUACACCGUCACUGUUCAGAUCAAGCUAAGCCUCAUGUUGAUGAAGCUUUAACCUCUAUGUUAGAUCUCUUGGCUCAGCUUAAUACAUCAAUGCAUCAAUUACAUAUUGCUGGAUUUGUAGGUGAUUUAUGUCAAAUGGGUCCAUUAAGACUUCAAAAUGAAUGUGACAUUUAUCCAUUCAAGAAGAGAACUCGUCGUCUUAAUAAACCUCAACGUCGACAUUUGUUCCUAUUUGAUGGUGGUUUAUUAUUUUGCAAAAAACGAUCACAAUCUUUGCCGUACGCUUCUGAAUAUUAUGAACAUAAGUUAUCUAUACCAACGUGUAGUCUUGGCUUCUCGGAAACAUCAAAGACAUCAUCUGUACGUUUUGAAGUUUGGGAUGAGACGAAAAAUGAAGCAUAUGUAGUGCAACCUAUUGAUGAAUCUGCUCGGAUAAAAUGGAUACAACGACUUUAUAGGAUAGUUGGUGAACGUGUAACGCAUCGUGAUCGAUUAAGUCAACAACAUCGACCGAUGCGCCCACAAUCUUGGGCUUCAACAAUUUCCACUGAUAGUAUUCGUUCUUCCGACACAACCACAGAUAGUAGUGUUGUGGAUGGAAAUGGUAACAAUUCAAAUGGUAUUUAUUGUUCAUCUCCCUCUUCCGGAUCACCAACAUUUGUUCCGAUUAUAUCGGAUGAAGAUCCGGAUAAUAAUAUCACUACAAAUGAUCAGCUACAAACACGUUCAUACAGUUGUCCAGAGAAUUCACUAGGAAGCUUAUCACCACUAUCAUCAUCAACAACGACAACAAAACCAGCAACAACGGCAACAAUACCAUCAGCAGGUGUACUAAAUACAAUAUUAGCAAAAUCAUUGACAACAACAACAGCGACACCAUUAAAUACAAUUAUUGAAAGCUCUUCAUCUACUGAAUUAUUUGCAACAAUUUAG